AUGACAACUGCAAAGUUUAUAUUCGUAUCCAAUGAUUGCUUCUUGUGCGAAAAGGGAGAUUUUAUUACCGCACAAAAAUUUCGAAGACAUCUAAUAGGUCAUGACAUCUACCUUCCUGGACGUACGCUUAAAACAAGAUACAGAAACACAUCUACAACAAUCUAUGUUUCUUAUGAAAAGAAGCAGAGCCGAAAAGAUAUCGAAACUCAUCAUGCAUGUCCUUCUUGCCUUGAGCAUUUUGUUGAACUUGACGCGCUAAAAUCACACGUUGCUGUGCAUCUGCCACAAGUAACGGCAGAAGAGCCUGAAGAUCAUGAAGAGAAGUCUAGCACAUCCAAGCGUGAAAAUCAAGUGCAUGAGACACCCAAGAAAGAAGAAAAUACUAAUACAUACAAGCGUUUAAAGACGAUCUCACUCACGUACGGCCAGAGUACGCUUGAUUUCCACCCUGCGACCAUGAAAAGUUAUAAUCCUGACAAACCUAGGCUGCCACUUGAAACAAUUACAGAACUUUCCCCAGUGGUGACUAUCCUGGCUGACUAUAAUACAACUCUGCCAGAUAGUCUGAGAAAAAUUGUAAACCAAGAACUUGAGGAUCAAGCAAACUUGAAAACAUUGAACAAAUAUCCAGGUGCUCUCCGCUUCUUAUGCUCUGCUUUGGACAACUCUUUAAAAGACUUGCCAAAGUUUCUAUGGUCACAUCCGCUAAGCAACUCUUGGUCAGAGGAUGAGAAGAAAUUGGUUCGAAUGAUCCAGUUCUUACUAACAGAUUUCUCAAGCAAAUGCUGUCGAAGCCCAAUAUUUCAAUCAAAGUCUGAUCUGAAAUUCUUGAUAGACCAAGUGAUUCCUAUCUUCCAGGUCUUGGAAAGCCAAACGGAUCUUAUUGGCUUUGAGUGGUGUGAUGUUGCUGUAGAUGAACAAUCUUUGGAUAAUGAAAAAGAUUCUGAAGAGCCUGAAGAAAUUGAUAGUGAGACGACACCAUACCACGAUGGACUUGGAUAUGACACCGCAGGAAAUCCAGUCUUAGUGAUAAACAACACGAGUCGUGAAGACAUUGAUAUUGGGCCCCACGCGAGAGACGACAUAUUAAAGAAUAUGCACAGCUCUAUUGGCUUUCUGGAUAACACCUUGCGAAAUAACCAAUUUGCAAGGUUUGCCACCCUCUGUCGGGCGGAGACAUUUUCCAUUCAAGUAAUUUCCAAAGUAAUAACCCUUUCAACAACGUCUUUAAAUCCAGAGGAGCCAGGAGCUUACAUCCACAAAGAACGGCGAUCAGCAGAGAUUCCUGGAUCAUUUUCUGGGCGUAUGGGAUGGAUCAAGAUGUUUGAAUUGCUUGCCACAUUAUUCGACAUUCUUAAUUUCCAACAAAAUGUUGCCAAAACCAUUGCCAUUGAAAAUAGUGGUGUUGACCCAAUUGACAAGGCAGAGACUGUGCGUGAAUUUUUGAUUAAUUUGAUUAAUUAA